AGUCGCAGUCAGGUGUUUGUGUUUCGCUGCUUUUACUUAAUCUUAAAGUUUUGACUUGUUUUCCGUAUUUUGACUUGUUUUGACUUGUUUCGCUGUUUUGGCUUGUUUUGGUUCCCUUUCGUCCAUCAAAGGAUAAGAAGAGCUUCACAACUGAAGUACUCUUCCCUCCUUUUCAACAACUACUACAUCAACUGCCACAGAUCUUCUUCUAUGUUGAUUGCUACCUAUUUUUAAUAGGAAUAAAAGUACUUGUCCUUCUUCUACCGCUUCUACAUCAUCUCCUUCUAGAAUAGGAACUCUCACCUACCUGAUCUUCUUCUAGGAAAGGUUGAACUCAUUUGGAUUGCUGCAUUUCCUAAUCUGAUCCACUUGAAUGAAGAUCUUUUAACUUCUAGCUAAGACAGCUAACGCUAACCCACGACCUCCUCUUGCAAUCUAUUGCUAUUACUUAACAAGAACUUCAUGGAGAACUAAUAAAUAGAUACUUGUACUUCUAGAUCUAGAGGAUGUCCGAGCUCGAAGAUAAACCUGCAUGUGAUCUAAAGAAAAACGCUCAGAAUUAACAGAGAAGCAAAGAGCCAAUAAUUCGACAAAAAAAUAUCAAAAAAAGGCCUAAGGAACCCUAAGCCCUAAUUACUAACUAGAAGUACCAUGAUGAAGAUGUUUAGAGGAUCUGCAUUGCUACUUGUGGCCAUUAUCGGUCAGCCACAGGAGGUGCGUGGUGCUAAUGUUGAGUUUAUUAAUCAUUAUCAGUAUGUCCAAUACACGUGUACUCUUCAACAUACAAGACCUGGAGAGUUUUUCAAGCAAGAUGCACUUGACGUGCAAGGGCUGACGUCAAGAACGUCAUCGAGGCCGAAGCCAGGAGCUCUUACUGCAAUGGGGCUUACCUUGGAUUCCUCUCAACUGCCGAAGAAAUUACCAGGGGGUGACGAGUAUUACCUGCGGGUGAAGAGCUACAAAGACCCAAGGGAUGGAUCUCACGUUCAUGUCGCCGUUGCCGGGUCGCCUGGUGCAAGUGCUCUUGAGACGUAUGCGAGAGAAUUUGAAACUCCGAGCAGUACCAGAACGGGCGAAUAUGAAGCCGAUAUCUUGCUUCAUUCCAUCAAUGGUAAAAAUCCGCUUUAUGAUCCGGACAUCUAUUUUCCAUUUUCAUCACGAGAAGGCCAGACGGAGGAGGUGGAUGAGUACAUGAAGACGGUGGAUCAUAAACUACAGUUUUUCAACGAUCUACUUCCGAAAAUAGAUCAGAUGAAUAUACCAGACAAGAUUUUCGUAAACCUAUUGGUAGUCGUCAAGAAGGACGUCAUCGUUCCAGUGCAUCAGGAGGCGACGAACACAGCAGGAGGCGACGCGGUGGAGGAGGCGACGACGAACGCAGGAGUCGUCGCUGCGGAAUCAGCAGUGAGGACUCAGCAAACCCUUUCAACGUCUUUCCGACCUUAUUUAGGUCCUCGUGGAGCAGUGGAUGAUCCAUCCCCAUCGGCAUCGGAGGUGCGACCAGAACAACAACAAAGACAAACAGAAUCAUCCUCACCAGCUGCAGGAGCAGGAGAAGUAGGCGGAGUAACAAUUACGGGUGGAGGAGUAGCAACGUCCUCGGGUGGUCGUGCUCCACCAGCAGGAAAAAAGAGCCUGCUGCACGACGUCGUAAAGGCAUUUCCCAUUGAUCCAGCACAAGUAAAAGGUCAAGGCGUUGAUGACAGAAUUACUACAGCAGCCCCAGCUCCGGACUCUCCUCCAGCAGGAUCUACCGCCUCGAGGCGUGCUGGAACACAAGUAUCAGCAGGACCAGGACCCUUGACCUUGGGGAAUUCACAACCACAUCUUCCAGCACAUAGUACACAACCAGGAUCAUUACAAGGUCAUAGUAUUACAGAAGCGUCGGGACCCUUGAGGAUUGUCACGGGAUCGUCUGGCACCCGCAGUCACCAUUGGUGGUGGCACACGCCAGACGGCAGGAUGCAAAUUCACCAGAAUAUUUUGAAUAAUAUGAACAACAAAGAGGUACCAGAGAAUCAGCACUGGAAAACCCCUCUACGUGGCAGGGUGGAAAACACCCGAACUCGUGAACAAGGAGAAGAGGAACGCGAGAAAUACGAGGGGAGGACCACAAUUAUCGCGGUGGACGCUUCGCAUAUGCCGAGUAGGAGUAACUACGGACAAGUUGCCGCUUUUGUCGCCCAUGCGCCUUCUGCUGCUACAACUGGUACUGCGGCGUCUGGUGAACUAUUACCUCUUCGUCAGGGAAUAGCGGGGCACUUGAAGAUUCCGAACUAUGACAGCUAUAAUGACGCCCCAUGGACAAAGGUGAAGAUGCACAAAAAUGUCAAUGGAGGUGAUGUGAGCUGGAAAUGGGAGAAGGCGUAUACCGCAUGGGAUAAGGGCAUUCAAAAAGUACUGAACCUUCCCGAAACAGACGCGCGUGGUGAGAUGAAGAAUUACUUUGGUUUUUCGACCUGGUGCGAGUUGACAGGUUUGCUUUCGGCGCUGCAACUGAAUAUCGAAUCUGACCUAGUGCUCGCCACGGAUCAGAUGUACCCUCUGCAAGUUCUAGACCGUUUUGUCGUACCCAGUCUUGUGAGAGCGCUGCUCACUCGUACCGUUUAUACUGUGUACAAGAACUACAUCUACAGGACACAGGAAAAUCAGGAGCUACUGCAGAGUCAGCAGGUGCAAGCAAACCCUUUCGCAACGAUGGCCGCGGACGGGCAGAAGGAACAGAGGACGAAGAAAAUGGAAAAAGACCUCGAGGAGAAGAGAAAGCAGAUCGAAAAAAACGUCAGCAAUUUGUUUGAUAAAAUGGAAACCGACACUCUGGGACUGGGUUCGGCUUCGGCUGGUUUGGCAUAUAAACCACUGCCGCGUGCUGCCUGGGAUAUCUUCCGGGAACUCCUGCAGGUUCACAAAAUCGAUAAAGCAACGCCACACGAGAUCCAGACCUCCGAGACGCCUACGAUUACAGCAGAAGCAGAGGAAAUUAAGGAAAGAUUGUUCGUGGGCCUCGGAGUACCACCAGGAUUCUCAAGAACAUUGAUGAAAGAAUUGCUCAUCGACGUGCUCAAGGUGCAGGAUGCCAUGCCACAUCGAGAUGCUGCUCCACAUCGAGAGCAGUCCGCGCAGUGGUCGGUGUCCGACCUCGAAGAAAAAGAUAGCCGUGUCUUUACCGCCUUAACAGUUGCUCCUCCGAGUACAUCUUUAUCUUCUUCUACGUCAACCUCAUCUACUACUGCGCUGCUGAAGAAUCUGCUAGCUCCCUUAUUGGAUGAGAUCAUUGAUUCCGCUAUCGCUUCUCACACGUCGAACGAGCAGGACGUGAGUCAGAAUGUCUACUUACCUCGGCGUUUGUACGCGAUUGGCGCAUUACUUGUAGAGCGAGCGCUGAUCUUACCAGCACUAAAACCUUCCACACGACUACUGCAGACCGAGUUGAUCUUUCAAAGCGGCCAUAAGGAUGACCAAGGUAAAAGACACGAAACGAUGCAGUGGAACAUGGUGCUCCAAAAUGCUGAUAGAGCAUUUUCAUCAGUUGCUUCUUCCGCGAAUUCGAAUGCAGCCAGCACUCCUGAUAGAAGAAGAAGUCCUUCCCCUCCGCUAGAAGCGGCCUUCGCGCGCGUAGAAGCAGGACGCCUGCUUCAGCAAGCUUCGACUGGUGUAGUAGCUGAAGGAGACUUCGUAAAGGUGGAACACGAACAUGGAGAGGUGGUCACACAGGAAGGCGCUCAAAACGACGUACAUGCACCACGAGCACAUCAAACAGAUGCUCCUGUUGAAGAAGCGGGUUCGAGCUCCGACGCAGUUGACUUGUUCACCGGUUUCUGUUUUGUCGACAAAAUAGUGCGGUUUUUGUCCUAUUUUGCGGAUAACAACACGUCGAGGUUGGGCAAGGAUCGGAAGUUUGAAAAGGAUGCUCUUGUUCCUUACCAAGAAUAUAAAUGGCAAAUAGAUGGUGUUGAUUCGUGGACUUCUAAUGAGCAUUAUCAUGGGCACUUACCUCAUUUCGAUGCUUCGUGGAGAUUCCAGGUGAAAGAGCGAGAUGACAGGAAAACUCGCACGGCUCAAGCUACUGAUGCACCAGGAGUCUCCUCCUCAUCAACAUCUCUCACCAAGAAGCAGAUUGUGGAAACUGUCGCCAAUUUGUAUUAUGCUGCUGCAGGCGCAGUAGAAGCAAAAAAAUGGCUAGGAGAGGAGAUCCACAUCUUCCAGCUUCCUAAGGCCUUGUUGUAUAAUUCUCAAGUGCGGAAGCUACAUCCGGUGGCGAUCUUCGAGUCGCUUGUUGUUGCGGAUCGCAUCAACAAAGAUAACGUCGUUGCACCAGUAGGCGGCAUUCCUUUUUUGGAGCAAUUCGAUCGUCCACAAGAUGUCGAACAGCGUCUUCGACAAGCAGGAAUGGUAUUGGCAGAGGUGGAAGCAUGGUCAACGAGUUCUGGAACGACUCCGGAAACUUUGAAGACGCAGAGUUGGAGUUCUUCUUUUGGAGAUUGCACACUCCUCAUGAAUUUCUCUUCCGAAGCUGUACUCGAGACGGCGCACGCUGCAAACGUGGAGCGUGCCGAGGCCCGAGGCAGAACGGUUGCUCCAAUAGAAUCCUUGGCAGCCUGGAUAAAAAAGAAUAACGAUGACCUCUUCGUCUGCAGGAAAAAGAAGUCGCUCGUUGACUCGGUUGGUCGAGAGGUUGCAGCUCGGGAAGGUGGAGAUGGUGGGGAAGUAUGCGAAGGGGAAUGGAUUUCUGUUUCAUAA